AUGGAUCUAGAAGAUAAACCUCAACCUCCUCCACAGGUCCCUUCGGGGACCCCGGUGGAUCGCGACGCGAGUCAAGAUCCACCAACAAAACAAACCAAGGCUGGCAAGGAUCGGUAUGCAUUUGCUGAUUCACCAGUUAAACCGGAUGCCUACUUCUUGUCUCCCGACAAGACCAAGUCGAUGACACGAGCGAAGAUGAAGGCCCCGGAUCUGGAUGACGAUGAUCCAAAAGCGUCAUCCCACGAAGAAUCCGAGGAGGCAGGCUGGAGACGCUACCACGAGAAGCAGUUAUGUGACUUCCUGGCUUGGGAUCCCAUGAUGCGGCUUCUUGGCGUGAAGCCGAUCGGAGACCUGCAGGGGCCUGUGGCACUCCCAGCACCCGCCAAGCGCGAAGGGAUCCUGGCCGAGAUGGAGCGACUCAUGCAGCUGCUGAAGGAGGCCGGCCUCGUAGCUGGCGCCUUCGACGCGAGAGCGAUCUACGACGUCGAUCCAAUCCAGAUCCACGCGACGACGGACAUGCUGUCCAACAGGCUGAAGGAGUUGGUAGGUGAGAUCCAGCUGAAGACGGAUCCAGAAGUCCCGGAUCCAAGUUCACCUCAAGCUGGAUCCACAGGAUGCCGAACGUCGUCACCAUACGUGUCCACCGCGGAGCUUGGGUCGGAUACAUCUUCGGAGCCGCGGCGUAUGUCGCUUGGACCCUCGGGAGCCUCGAUGCUACGCACCCGAGCCCAGAUCCAACGUGAAGCAAGGACUCAGUCCCGAUCCCAGCCCCGAUCCAAGAAGCCAUCAACUGCUUCGGUGGAUCCAACAGCUACGGCAUCAGGAUCGAACAUAUCGACCGGCAGACUUGUGUCAUACUUUCAGGCAGCCAUGGGCAGGUUCUUGAAGGAGCAAGGCGGGUUGACCCCGACACAGGCGCCGGAGGCGACGCAGAACCCCGGAUCCCAGGACGUGGAAAUGGAGUCCACUGGUUCGUCCGAUCCAGAUCAACACUGGGAGUACGAUCCAGAUGACAUCGACUUCCCGGUCCCAGAUACAGUGGCCACCACCGCGACCGGAUCCACAGGUUCAGCCCUGAUCCAACGAGUCCGGAUCUCAGCGCUCUCGGAUCUGAAGGAGUUCUCAGGGAAGGACCAGGAUGAGGAUCGGGCGAGAGCAUGGAUCAGUAAGGUGAAGUCUGCGUUCCUCCGGGACCAAGCUCCUGACGAGGAGAAGUGCUUGACCUUCGCGGACCUUCUAUCCGGAUCCGCGAGAAACUGGUAUCGCCAACUACCGCGAUCCACACGCAACAAGUGGUCGGAUCUGCUCCGCAGUUUCCAAACCCAGUACUGUGGAUUGGGGAUCUCCGUUGCUCGCCAGUAUUACCACGCGCGCAAGCGAUCCGAUGAGUCCCCACUGGAUUAUCUCUACCGACUUAAUGUCGCUGGACUCCGCGCCCGACUCAAGAUCAAGGAUGGUGGAUCCAAGGAGAAGCGCGAGUACGUGGAUCACUUCAUCGAAACUCUGGGUGAUCCGGAUCUAGCGGAUCGGCUGACAUUGCUCCGACGGCCGGAUGCUGACGAGCUGGAAGAGGUCCUCCGCGCACUGGAUCGGGCGAAGAAUCGACAGAAGAAGCCUGCGUAUGGAUCCAGCAAGUACCGGCAGAAGGCCCCCGCGACGCCCACACCGGCCACUCCGGCCAAACAUGUGCGUGCGAUCCAGGUCCAACCUGACUCGGGAUCCGAGUCUGGAUCCAGCGAUGGAUCUGACUCCGAGUGCGACGGUUACCGCAGGAUCUAUCUGGCAGCAUCCCAAGACCACGCGGAGCAUGCAGAGGAAGAGCAGAAGACUCUGGAUCGGAACCCUCCAGACCGUCCACAGCAGGAUCCACCGUCUCGCGACUCCCGAUCCAGGACGCAUGCGGAUGGACCCGAACGUAGUCGCUGCACGCACUGUGGAUCCAAGCGGCACUCGCAUCUUGGCUGCUGGAAACGCUUGACCUGUGAGAAGUGCGGCAAGAAGGGUCAUCCAGGUGACCACUGCCUUUUCCUGUGCCGUGGAUGUGGUGAACUUCAUGACGUGGGCCGAUGCCCGAUGGAAGAGUUCUACAACCAGAUCCGCCAGUGGUUCAAUCCAGCCAAGCAUGCGGGGAUGCUGCCAGAGAUGGCGGAGAAGAUGUUAAACUAG